AUGCCGAUUACUAUAGCUAUAGAGUUUAUCAUGCGGAGGAAAUCUGGUGCAAAAGCAGGAUUUAACAAGUAUGAAAAACCGUCAAAACUGGAUCUUCGAUCCAGUAUCAUAUUCCAAAUGGAUAAACCUAUACGUUGUUUUAUCACAGCUGAGAAAAAUCAGCUGCCUGUUAUUACACAAUCUCCAUUGAUUUUUUCUCUGCCAGAAUGUGAAGAUUGGAAUGAUUUGUUAUUUACACUGAGAAGCAAAAACUCGACAGAGCCUGUGACAACUCAACCAGGUCCCACAGGUGCUGCCACAUCCAGCAUCACCACUGUCAUACGUACCGGAGGCAACUGGUCUACUGGCCUUUUUGAUGUCUGCAGUGACAAGAAAGUUUGUGUGUGCGGUUCACUCUGCAGCCUGUGCUUGGAAUGUUCUCUUGCGAGCCGCUAUGGAGAAUGCUUUUGUUUCCCGCUGUUGCUGGGCUCCACCAUGGCAUUAAGAGUUGGCACCAGAGAGCGAUACAAAAUACGUGGAACACUCUGUGAAGACUGGAUGGUAGUUCAUUGCUGCUGGCCUUUUGCAGUCUGUCAAAUGGCCCGAGAAAUGAAGAGGAGACCUAUAUUCCAGCUCCAUGAAAUGCACCAAUCUCCUCCUCCACCUCCUUUCAAAGAUGCUCUUCUUUAAAAACCAUUCCAAAAAGCAUGGGUCAUAGUUCUUUCUCCCACAAUGUCAAAACUGGUUUAUGUAAUUCUUUUUUAAUCUACAUUUUUCUCAUGGUAAAAAUUUCCCCACUGCCUCCAUCAUGUAUCUGUUGUGUUCUCAGGGAAAGGUGCUAAGUAACAACUCCAUUCCAAAAGCAGUCAGCUAUUGGAGUAAAGUACCAGUCCAGGCAGGGCUACCUUGAGGGGCUGGUAUUUCCAGGCAUCUGCUGAAGCUGAUGGUAUGUGGCAGCAACAAAGCUUUCUAGCUUCUUGGAAUGGGUCUUGUUUUUUCAAAAUGAAUGGCAUCCAUUUUUCAUUCCGAUAAUACUUUUUAGUUAUUUUUUAAAUAUGAAUUUUACAUGGAUUUUUAAUGUAAGAAAUAACACAAUAAUAUGGAGAUGGGAUGGUUUCUGAACAUAUUGAAACUG